AUGGAAGGGAGGAAGGAAACGACUUCGGAAAGGGUGUCUUUUAGCCCUUCCAAUUCGUAUACAGCGGGUCUGCACUUCUUAAAUACCAUCGCAACGUGUAUAAAUGGGAUAUUUUCAUUCAGUUUUAUUGGAUAUUUCUUUUGGAUCGGAUUUUUGUAUCUAAUAGGGAGCAUUGUAACCAUAGUCAGCUGGAUAUAUUUUGCCCCUAGAAUAAGAGACACAAUUAUUUGUCCAAGUAUGGCUAUUUAUGCUAUUUCUGGAUUCUGGGCAUUGCAUGGAGUCACAAUGUUGAUAAUUUGUUACUUAUAUUCUUCUAUGGUAGGGGAUGAUUUUGAAAAUGAGCUAUAUAAACCUACAAGAUCUACUAAUAUUUUGGGGUUCCUAGUCAAAAUUUGUCCUUUGAUCAUUCGUUUCUUCCAUCUACUCUCCCUAUGUCUAAUAUUCACUAAUAUAUUUAAUCUCCUAUUUCUGCCAGAGUGCAAUUGUGUAUAUAUUAGACGGGUUGUGGCAUACACUAUUGUUAUCUGGUGGAUUAUAACUAUUUUUGGUAUGGUCAUGAGGAAUAGGAUCGCAUUACCACCCUAUCUAUAUAAUCCGCAUCAUAGUAUGUAUAUGGUAUACGUAAAUAUGUGUUGA